GCUUCUUGCAAAGCCUUUUCCCUGUUCCUGGCCAAGGGAGGAAGCAGCUCAGAACCCACCCCGGCCAGGAGGGUCCCCCAGAAAUAAAGCCUCUCCUCCGGGUGCGCGCAAUGCGCGGGGCUCCCUCCGCCUGGACUCCUGCUUCGGAGAGAAAAAGCGCGCAGAGGGAGCGAGUCGGGAGCUCGGUGCGCUCGGCUGAGCUGGAUUCCCGGAGAGACCAGGAAUAAAGGCGGGAGGAGGGCAGAGCAAAAGCCCCUUCCUGCAAAGGGAGCCCGGCUUUCGUCUCUCUCUGCAAGUGCUGCCUUGGGGGCGCCUCCCGGGAUUUGGAUUUGCAGACGCCUCUGCUUAGGACAGACGAACAAGGGCUUUCUUUUAAUAUCUUGGAGGCUUUCUGAGAGCCCAGAUGGAUAAGCAAGACUCAGCUGGCCCUGAAGCAGGAAGAGGCCAUGUCAUCCAAACUGGGAGCAGUGGGGGAUUAUGGGAAAACUCUGUGCAGAAGAUCCUGGGAGAGGUGGACACCCUCUGCUCAGAUGUGCAGAGCCAGCAGUUCAGGCAGUUGUGCCACCAGGUGACUGAAGGACCCCGAGAGGUUUGUGGUCGAUUCUACCACUUUGACCAUCAGUGGCUGAAGCCAGAAAGGCACACGAAAGCUGAGAUGCUGGACCUGGUGAUCUUGGAGCAGUUCCUGGCUGUCCUUCCACUGGAGAUGGAGAGCUGGGUGAGGGAAUGUGGAGCGGAGACCAGUUCCCAGGCGGUGGCCCUGGGCGAAGGAUUCCUCCUGAGUCAGGCAGAGGAGAGGAAGCAGGCAGAGCAGCAGGGAAAGGAUCCAUUUGCAGAAAUGGGCCCUGAUUCCUCUGAGGCAGAGAGGGCUGCACUGGACACCAGAGAGAGGCCACUGGAUGGCGGAGGGAUUCUGGCAAGACCGCCUCAUCCAUCUUUUCUUGGUGGCGGAGGAGAAGUCGCGGCUGUGGAACCAGAUGAGGGUUCAGUUUGCUUUGAAGAUGUAGCUGUUCGUUUCACAGACGAGGAAUGGGCAUUGCUAAAUCCCGACCAGAGAGCUCUGCAUAAGGAAGUCAUGGAAGAGAAUUGUGGGAUCUUGGCCUCUCUAAGUGACGAUAAAUGGGAAAUUGAGAACCAGGCAGAAUAUGACAAAAUACACACGGUGGAUAAACCAUAUAACUAUUUGGAACGUGAAGAAAUCUUCAGUCACAGCUCCCAUUAUGCUUCUCAUCAAAGAAAUCCCAUUGAGAAGAAACUCUAUCCAUGUUUGGAAUGUGGAAAGAGCUUCAGUAAAAGGGCCCACCUCACAGCCCAUCAAAGAACUCACACUGGAGAGAAACCUUAUCCGUGCUUGAAAUGUGGAAGGAGCUUCAGUCGGAACUACCACCUCACAGCCCAUCAAAGAACCCACAGUGGGGAGAAACCAUAUCAGUGCUUGGAAUGUGGAAAGAGCUUCGCUCAGAAGUUAAGUCUUACAACCCAUCAAAGAACUCAUACCGGGGAAAAGCCAUAUAAGUGCUUGGAAUGUGGAAAGAGCUACAUUCAGAAGUUCAGUCUCACUUCCCAUCAAAGAACUCAUACUGGGGAGAAUCCAUAUCAAUGCCUUGAAUGUGGGAAGAGCUUUCAUACAAGCACAAAUUUCCGUCGACAUCAGAGUAUUCACCGUGGGGAGAAACCAUAUCAAUGCCUGGAAUGUGGCAAAAGCUUUAUUCGGAAAUCUCAUCUCACUAUCCAUCAAAGAAUUCACAGUGGUGAGGAACCAUAUCAGUGUUUGGAAUGUGGAAAGAGCUUCACCUGGAAGGAAAGUCUCACUUCGCAUCAAAGAAUUCAUACAGGGGAGAAUCCAUAUCAGUGCUUGGAAUGCGGAAAGAGCUUCUGUAAGAGGGCCAAUCUUACAGUCCAUCAAAGAAUUCAUACAGGUGAGAAACCCUAUCAGUGCUUGGAAUGUGGAAAGGGCUUCACUCAGAAGGAAAGUUUUAAUUUCCAUCAAAGAAUUCAUACAGGGGAAAAACCCUAUCAGUGCUUGGAAUGUGGAAAGAGCUUUGGUACAAGCGCUUACUUUGUUCAACAUCAAAGUAUUCACUGUGGUGAUAAACGGUAUCAGUGCUUGGAAUGUGGAAAGAGAUUCACUUGGAAGGAAAGUCUCACUUCCCAUCAAAGAAUUCAUACAGGGGAGAAACCAUAUCAGUGUUUGGUAUGUGGAAAGAGCUUCAGUAAAAAGGCCAAUCUUACUUCCCAUCAAAGAAUUCAUACAGGGGACAAACCUUACCAGUGCUUAGCAUGUGGAAAGAGCUUCAAUCAGAGAACCCAUCUGACAGCCCAUCAAAGAAUUCAUACAGGGGAGAAGCCCUAUGAGUGCUUGGAAUGUGGAAAAAGCUUCAGUCGGAAGGAAAGUCUCACUUCGCAUGAAAGAUUUCACAGAGGGGAGGAACCAUUUAAAUGUUUGCAAUGUGGAAAGAGCUUCAGCCGGAACGCUCAUCUCAUUUCACAUGAAAGAAUUCACAGCGGAGAAAAGCCUUUUCAGUGCUUGGAAUGUGGAAAGAGUUUCAGUCGGAAAGAAGGUCUCACUUCCCAUCAAAGAAUUCAUACAGGGGAGAAACCAUAUCAGUGCUUGGAAUGUGGAAAGAGCUUUAGUCAGAGGUCCCAUCUCACAGCCCAUCAAAGAACUCACAAUGGAGAGAAUCAUGGAAUCAUAUUAUUGUAGAAUUGAAAGGCACCUUGGGCGUCAUGCAGUCUAACCCUCUGCAAUAAAGGAAACUCAACUAAAGCAUCCGUUGCAGGUGGCUAUCUGCUUCAAACCCCCAAGGAAGGAGAGUCCACCAUUUUCUGAGGGAGUCCAUUCCAAUGUUGAACAGCUCUUAGGAUCAGAAAGUUCUUAUUUAUGUGUCAAGGUAAUCUCCUUUCUUGUAACUUGAAUCCACCAAUAUGGAUUCUAUCCUCCAGAGCUGGAGAAAUCAAGCUUUGUUCGUCUUCCAAGAGACAGUACUUUAGAUAUUUGAAGAUGUCUAUCAAAGCUCCUUCCAGUUUCCCCUUUCCCAGGCUUAACGUACCCAGCUCCUUCAACUGCUUCUCAUAAGGUUUGGUUUCCAGACCUUGGUCACCCUCCCCUGCACACAUUGCAGCUUGACGUAUCCUUAAAUUGUGGCUUCCAGAACUGGACACAGGACUCUAGGCGUAGUCUGACCAAACCAGAAUAGAGUGGUACUACAACUUCCCACGAUUGGGACACUAGACUUUUGUUGGUAACAGCCUAGAAUAGCACGAGGGGUUUUUUACCGCUAUCACACUGUGGACUCAUGUUAAGCUUGUGGUCUACUAGGAAUCACCUAGAUCCUUUCACAUGUAAUAUUAGCAAUCCAGGUGUCUCCCAUUUUAUAUUUGUGCAGCCUAACUGGAGAACCUUAUGUUUGACCUUAUUGAAAUUUCAUCUUGUUGGUCUCAGCCCAGUUUCCCAACCUGUUAAGGUCAUCUUGAUUCUGUCUUCUUCAGCUACCCGAUUCCACCCCGCCGGUUUGGUGUCCUUUGUAAAUUUAACGAGCAUCCUCUCAAUUCCUUUGCCCAAGCCAUUUAUAAAGACGUUGAACAAAAACAGGCACAGGAUAGAACCCUGUAGCACCCCAGUUAUUCCUUUUUUCCAGGAUGACGAGGAAUCAUUAGUGAGCACUCUUUGGUUUCGGUCAAUCAACCAGCUACAAAUCCCACAUUUUACCAGCUUUUAUACAAGAGGGUGAUGAGCAAUUUGGCAGUGCUGGUGAGUUAGCCAUCAACACUGAGCUCUUCCUUGGAGAAGCUGACAAACAAUUCACGUACUUCCAAGAGCCUCCAACUCACAAAUUUGUGGUGCUCCUGGCUGCAACUGUCUUCCUUGGCAUGUCCAGGAUGGUGGUGGUGCCAGCUUGAGCCCUUCUUGGUUUCUGCUGAACACACACAGGACAUCUUCCACAACAGCCAGGAGUUCCCUCUGUGAGAAGGGUAGGUCAAAGAUUCCCUUGCUGCUGUCCUCCUUUGAUUCUUCACAGUACAUUCCGAGAGGAUGCAAGGAGCAAAUAAUUGUAUCCACGAGAAAGAAUGAGUUUCGUGUUCAUUGUACUCAAAGGUGGUUGGGAGCAACAGCAAGCACAGUUUAUUUACUUCGGCCAACUCCAGUUCUCAUCUGCACAUGUCUGACCCAUGGAAGAUGGCUUAGAUUGAACCAAUAUUCUGAAUGACAGUGCAAAACCUGACAUUUGUCCUUAUUGAAAUUCAUUUACUGCAUUUAUAUGCCGCCUUUUUCUCCAGGGAGCUCAAGGUGGUGUCACACGGUUCUCCCCCAAGCUCCUUUAAUCCUGACAAUAACCUUGUGAAGUAGGUUAGGCUGUGAAGCGGAAACUGGCCCCCAAGGUCACCCAGUGAGCUUCAUUGCCAAGUGGGGAUUUGAACCCACUUCUCCCAGGUCGUAAUCUUGACACACUAACCACUAAACCACACUGCCUCUCUAAUGAGCCUCUCUGAAAGUGUGCAUGUGUGUGCAUUUCCUUAAAGUUUGCCUGUGAUGUUACAGUGUUUGUAUUUAAAGUUGUAUACACAUGUAAUUAAUAUAAUACUGGUAAGUGCAGUAUAAUAGUAGAUUUAAGGUAGUGUUAGGUAGGGAGAUGGGGAGAAUGAAUUUGGAAUGCUGGGGGUGAGAGGUGAUUGGACAAAAGUUUUAAAGGGGGUUUGAAUAACUACAACAUAACAAAAGUAGUGAUAUACAAUAAAUAUACAAGAUGUAAAAUAAAGAUACAAAAAAUCAACAGCAAGAACCCCCCUC